AUGGGCCGCAAACCAAAUCAACUCAUUCUCGAGUUCUUCGAGCGCGGCCAGAAAUUGGAAGACGCCAGCAAUCGAUACCAACAUACGUGCAAAGCGUGCGGCGAGAAAUUUCCGAAAGGACGAAUUGAUAGCCUCACAACUCAUCUCGUCAAGAAAUGUCCUGCAAUUGCUCUGCGAGACCGCCAGCGCGCUUUGUUGCAGCUGCACGAACUUCCCGAUUUCGCCGACGCACCCGAGAGUGCGAAAGAGGCGGCCAAGGAAAAUGGACAAAAAGGGAAAUCUGUUGAAUUGCCGUAUGCGCCCAGUCGGAAUUGGACCGCAUUGGAAACAUUGGCCGAGGUCUCGAGGCAGAUUGAUUUGUCCGAGAAGAAAGAUUCGCCAUCGCGCGAAUCAGACUCGGAAGCCAGGAAUGACAAGGAUAGCCACAACGAAAAAUCUCCGUCCGAAGAACGCUGGAGUCAGAGCCAACAGGGAUCAGUUUCUGGGCCUGCAAGCCAACAGGAACAUAAUUAUCCACCUCCUCCGGGAUCUAACGGCUCUAAUAGUGCGCUUCCACCUAUUCAAUUCUUUGGCAACAUUAUUUCAUCACCGUCACAACAAUCACCACACCUGCCUGGCCUUUCGCUGCCUGCAAGUGCCGAGGCCACUGCCGCACUGGCGGGUCAGCCUCACCCUUCGAAUCUGUCGCUAGCAAUGUCAGCGACCGAGGAAUUGCAAUCAAUGAUGCCCUCGGCUUCAAUGACCAUGGAGCCUGGUCUUGGCGUGUCAAAUGCCGGCAUCUCUGACAAGUUCUUUCAUCCGCAGACUCUGCGUGCAUCAUCAACGUGGCCCAUGGUUCAGCAGCCUGGAUCUGGCGAUUCGUUCUAUCUUGAUGGAUCUCGAGAUCCGGCUCUGCUGGAAGCCAUGGCGACCAGGGCGGCUACUUUCCCACGGCCGAUUGCUAUCAAUCCAAAUACCCCUCACAGGGAAUACACAUCGGAGUUCCAUGCAUCUUCGCGACCACCACGCCCCAAAGUUCGAGGCAGAUUCUCUGCGAGUAGACGGAAAGAGGUUCAGGAAGUUCGCAAGCGGGGUGCAUGUAUUCGCUGUAGGAUGUUGAAGAAGCCGUGUUCGGGCGAAAGCCCUUGCAGCACGUGUAUCAAUGUCGAGAGCGCUCGUUUGUGGAAGCAGCCUUGCAUACGGACGCGCAUAGCAGAUGAGCUCGAGCUAUACUCUGCAAGUCUGUACUAUACUAUUGCAUACCAUGAAGUAAAUGCGGCCAAGGGCAAGCGCAAAUACCAGCCUUAUCCCGGCCGGGUUGAGGCUACGCACUUUCUCGACAGUUCUCUUUUCGUGACGUUUAGUGCGCUCGAAAGCCCUGCUGAACUGCCGCAAUCAGAUGCCACUGGCGAUGCUCCUCAGUCGCAACAGCUUUUGCUAGACUGGGAAGCAGAUGAAUUGCAUCCGAAGCUCGAGCAAUAUCUGAAGAAAAUGGCACCCUACUUUUACGAGCGGGAAACUUCGGCAUUUAUGAAACCCACUCUGAACCUCGCCUCUGAACUUGCCACUCAAAAAAAUGAUACCCUCUUACCACGUGUUCUCGAACUCUGGACAGCAACGCACGUCAUUGUUGACGGAGAAAUAUCCUGGAAGACAUUUGCCAAUCCCAACCUUCCCCCAUCUACCUGCCCCACCGAAUUCCCAUCAUCACUACCCGCCAGCACAACGACAACAAACAAUGGCAGUUUUCCCAUUGAUGAGAACACAGACGCCGAGUCCUACUCCUUGCUCUGCUCACAACUGCGUUCAGGUGCAGAAAAGCGUGCUGUCCAACUUAGUAAGACGGCAAUGAACGAUCUCGAACGACGACUGUUACAAAGACAGCAGAGCGGCUGGUUUGAGACUUUUCUCGCCGCAAUCAUCCUCUUGAAUUGUGUUGAGCGAAUGAGUUGGUUGUUUCGCACCUGGGGAGACGACGUCCAGACUCAGGAUCAAGCAAAGUGGCCGCUUGACCGCAAACCACCGUACUACUACAGUCAAGGCGAACGAUUCGCAGACAUUUUACACAUGCUGCUCAAGAUGCGCGGGCUGCCACCGAAAACGCGUCUGCGGCAGGAAGAUGGCGUCAUCGCCGUCGUCGAAGGAGGGGAUGAAAUCGCGAGUCGGUACCUCGAGACGGUCAGGUUAUCUGGCAAAUAUCUCGAAGACCGUCAAUCGGCUGCAUUUGAUCUUCACGAUUCCCGGAGUCUUGAAUUAAAAUUAUGCGUAAAGCUAUUGCUGCCUAAUACCUGA